AUGUCUACAAAGGCCGAUAUUGAAUUUUAUGUGGGAGGCCCUGGAGUCAAUGAAAAACUGAAGGAAAAGGAACCAACAUGGUUCUAUAUAGAAUCAAAAAAGAUCUCAUUGGAUUUCAAAGUGGAGAUAUUCUCAAGUAAGUAGAAAAUCUCUGGUGAAUGUUAAUAGUAUCCCAUUUUUUCAGCCAAAACAAAGAAACAAGUGCCAGUAAUGAUGGAAGCUCUUCAACAAUUCAACGUUGUUGUAGUUUUCUACAUAAAUGAAAGUACGAAAGAUGACGAAUUGGCGAUUUUUGUAGAACGUGGUGCGAUUCGCAGAAAGUUUUUGAUUCAAAUUGAAGUAUGUUUAAUUAUUUUUUUUUGUUCCUUCAAAAUUUUGUGUAACAUUCUCAUAAUAAAUGUCUUUUGGUUUCAGGCACAAUCAUCAAUUGAUAAAACAGAUAAAAAUGAACCAAAUCAAUUGCAAACUCUUGAUGUGGCAAGCAUUCAGAAUGUGAGAAAAAUAAUAAUUUGUGUUAAUUUUCGAAAUGAAUUUGAGUUUUUCAGAAUUCGGUGUUAUCCGAUCGGACUUGGCUGUUUUUCGAUGAAGAUGAUAGUUUGAAUGCUGAUGACUCUGUGUCAUCAACUAAGUAAGUUAAUUAGGCAAAGGUGGGGCCCAAAAGUGUUCAGAGAAUCCAUUUUGAAACUCGAUUUUCAGAACUCCUACUCCUACACUUGAUGAUUCGAAAACAUGUGAAAUUCACAAGGUUAGUUUUUUUCCAUACGAAGUUCAUAAUCAUAAUGACUUUAUUCAGAAACAAUUGGAGUUAUUGACAAUUUUAGCAGAGUUCGAAAUCAUCGAAAAUGCUAAAAUUUUUGAGAUGGGUGAAAAUGAACCACCGAACUCAUAUAUUCCAACUCGCUUAUACAAUUCAUUGGAUGAAUGGACUAAAAAUUGGAUCAAACUCAAAUGA